AUGCUCACGGCGGCCCCCCUCGGCAGCCCCUCCUCGGCGGCCCACAAACAGCACCGCCGGGACACCCCAGGGCCCAGCAGCGACCCCCUCAGGCAUCUCCUCCCACACGACCAGCACCAACACGACUACGGCACUCACCAUCACAUCAGAAAGUCAAUCCGUCCCGUCCUCAGAGACGAUGGCGAGUGGACCGAAGAGGCGCUUGCUUGGUACGGAAGAACAGUAGUAUGGAGCAGAGGCGCAGAGGUGUAUCAACGGUAUACCUAUGAGCAUGAGGGAGAGUCUGUUGGGUACGCCUGCUUUGCUUGGCUCCGGACUGGUGGGGGCAGCAGCGAGACCUCGAAGAAGAGAAAGCUUGCCUCGACCACCUCUUCUACGCCUGAUACGUUUGGCCCUUUCCAUCGGUCUCAACACUCGAGCUGGGGAGGUCCUCGCUCCUCCACCCACAAGAAUGCUCCGCUUCGCCUCGAGCGUACCCUCGUGGUAUUCCUCCAGACUCGGGCCCAUGUCUACUACGCCGACGGGUCAGAUAUAAUAGUGCACCUGCCAUUCACUGUAGACGGUGCUUGGGGGCUUCCCAAUGGUGGCAUCCUAGUCCAGAGAGAGCUAGAGAAACGCGAGCUGCGAAAGUUUGGACGCGAAAAGAAGAAGGUUGGUAGUGUAUUGCGAGGAAUGGCAGACCAGACUUCCAUGUCUAUCCUGGACGACUUGAUGGACAUUGAAGACGAGUCUGCACCCUCCCUUCCCCGGCUAUACGUCCUCGAAAAUCCCUUUGACGAGCUCAAAGUGGUCAUGCAGGGCCAAAUCGAGUUUGGAGAUACGCUCCAUCUAUCCUCUACGCAUCCAAUCAGCGCUACCUGCAGCGUCUUGAUGGUGUCUGAAGACCCCUACCCGUUCGUGGUCGUACACGAUCAACACGCUGGCGAGUUUAUUAUUUAUCGCCGGACAUGCGUCCCUAUCAUUCCCCACCAACCAGCCCCGCCUCCUAACCCCCGGACAAUGCGUCCGGAAGAGCUUCUCCGCCAAGCCGAGCUCACGCAAAUACCGCCCCAACCUCGGGCAUCACGGCCUUCGCUGCACCGGAAUGCCUCGUCUUUUGGAGCAACGACAGGAGACCGGAGAUUGUCUAGUGUGGCAGAUUCGCUCGACAGGGGACAGCGUCGCGUACCCAGAUUGUCAAGAGGUCCGUUACCAGAGUCGGCUUCUACAGAUGAGCUCCAUGCGGUCUUGGAACCCGACGCCAAUCUUCCUCCCCCGACAGCCCCUCAACACCGGCGGAGUAGGGGCAUGUCUAUGUUGCCUCAUUCCCAGGUUGUCCCUCCUGGGCCAGAAGGUCAGAGACGGUUAUCAACGGGGCUGCCUGCUCAGCCGUUACCUAUACCGCCGAGGAUGGCAUUACAAACAGCGGUGGAGAAGGAUCUUCGGGAGACGACCAUGAUGAUGGGGCUGGAAAGAGAUGAAGUGGGAGUGAGGAGUGAGGUCGUACUAUCAGUCAUUGGAAGGUGGAAGCAGCCCUACCCGGUCGAUCCGCAACAGCUCAAUGCGUUUAUCAGCGAAGAUAAAGGUCCCAAUCAGGUCACUGUCAACAUUCACGUCUUGCCUCUCACGCCCCGUCCUUCGACUUCGCCUCAACUAUUCUCCUUCCACAUUACUCUCCCCCCUCUCUCGAAUCGCGUCAAAAUCGACGUUGCUACGCCUCUAAAGUGCUUGUCUGCCGUUCCCGUCUUGGCGACAAGAAUUCCCACGUUUUCCAGACCUGCACGGGAAGGAGUUUACGAUGUGUUGUUCUUGACGCUCGAGGGACGGACUCAGUUGAUGACCAGUGGCAGAAAGAUUUUGCCCUUCCAUGUCCCCGUUGAGGACGGUACGAUCAUCAGUAGCCUCGCAGACGCUUCGGGGCCACACUUUACGGCAGUGUACGAGGACGGUUCGGCAAAGCAGUACUCGGCUGCUAUGCGUAUCCGACACGAACUCACCGAGCAAUGCUUUUUGGCCCUCUCUGGAUCCCUUUCAGCAGAAGAGUUUUACCAUUACAAGAUAGAGUUCUUGUCCAGCCUACAACAGCUCAAGCCAUGGGAAAAGAACGAUGAGGAGCGCGUCUGGGGAGUGUUUGUGAGGGUAUUGGAGGGUAUACUGGGGGUGGAUCAUGAUCAAGUGGAGCAGCAUGGCUUUGGCGGGGUGACGCAAGCGGGUCUGGGGUCAGCGGACCCUAUAUCCCGGCGGCUUGCGUCCCUACUCGAAACCUCAACCGGUCCUCUGUCCAAACCUUCCAGCACGCAUGCCCCUCGGUACACACUCCCUCCUCAGCGCGCUGUUUCACUCUUACUGGCGAUCCAUCUCGUCGGGCAGGACCAGCGCUUGGCGCUAUCAAAGCAAAGGGAUCUGGAGCGGGUGGCCGGGCUGAUCAUCCGGCUCGCGAUACACGUGGGGAGAAAAGAUUGGGUAGACUAUUGGGAAAGAUUAGUACCAAUGAGAGUUCACAAUGUCACUUUUGGUACUGGGCUCGAUUAUCAAUUGCUUGAUCAGUUCAGCCACCCCCCGGAUAUCAUAGUCUCUCUAUACCAGCAACUCAGGCUUCCAGUGAAAGAGUUCAUCCGCCCCGAGACGCUGUAUCUCUACAGACACGGGACAGGCAGUGAUCUAUCUCAUACUGAUGAGCUUGGUCCAUUGGAUACCUGCCCCCGAAUUACUCUCGUAGCGAGAAUAUACAAAGAGCUUGGCCCUUCUACACCCGCCUCUGCUCGUCCACUCCAAGAACGCGCCUAUCAAACAGUCAGGACUAUAGCUGAAACAAUCACAAAUCCCGAUUGGAUAUCCGACCUGCCCCACGGCGUGUCGCUGCCGAUAUUAGAAGUGCUCAGGGCUUGCCAGGUGUCGCCGGAGAAGGACUGGACCGCGGGAAUGUACAAGCUGGUUGGGAGGUCGGAUUUGGUGAAGAAGGUUGAAGAGGGAGGUCUUGGUGAAAUUGUGGCCAAGGACGAUUGGCCAAAGGAGGUGAGUCGUGACAUUCUGAACAAAAGCAGGCCGACUGUGGGCGAGAUCAUGAAGGCAGCGGAGACUGGGGCAUUAGGGAACAAAAAGACAGAUCUCGCUCUUCCUCACGUGCGCUUCAGGACCGACAGGAGGUUGCAGGAGGUGGAGCGGAUCAUGCAGACUACAAAGCUGAGAAUAGUGACAAUACAGGACCCAAAGGGAGCAAGUGCAGAGGAUGUGACUAGAUACCACCAGUCUUUCGUCAACACGCUUGCCAGCCGGACGUUGGCAGUCACCGUUGGGCAAGGUAUGUUUGAGUAUGGUACCCGUACGACUGUCAUUACGGAUGUCUGGGAAAUCCCAUUCAUAGAGCUGUCUGUCAAAGUCACCCCUGGCAACACUCUUCUAAAAGCAGAGAUUGUCUCGGAUUCUGCCGAGUGGCCCUGUUUCCACAAUGGUGUAUCGGCAGGACUGUUAAUAUCACCCGACUGCAAAGACAUUGACAGCUCGUGGAUCGUCUUCAACCGCCCUGGUGUGUUGAAUGCCGAACAUGGCGGAUUUCUCCUGGGUCUAGGAUUGACUGGCCAUCUGCGGUCAUUGAUGACAUACCACGCCUUCCCUCUCAUGGAACCGCGCCACGACUUUACCUCUGUUGGUUUGCUGCUUGGUCUUGCUUGCUCUUAUGCGGGAUCCAACGACCUACUCGUGACCAAGAUACUCUCCCUGCAUACUCACGCCCUCCUUCCGCUAGGAUCUGUGGAAUUGAAUGCUUCGCCUAUCAUCCAGUCCUCCGCCAUGGUCGGAAUUGGUCUCGUCUAUGUGGGCAGCCGAAACUUGCGCAUGGCCGAAGUCGCCCUCUACGAGAUUGGCCGGCGGGACAUGCCGAAUGUGGAUGGUUUCGGAGAGUACCAAGAGUCCUAUUCCUUCUCCGCUUCCAUGGCUUACGGCCUUAUCAUGCUUGGCCGAGGAGGAAGCACGGCGAGCGAAGUGGACAGAAAGAUGCUGGCACAGCUGCGCAAGUGUAUCGUGGGCGAAGCCCCGGUGAUGGAUGGCUCUCAUGCAAAGACUGCCUCACCUGGUGUCGACAUCAACACCACGGCUCCUGGUGCGACUUUGGCACUUGGCCUGGCGUACUUAAAGACCAUGCGUCGAGACAUUGCCGACCUGCUCGAGAUUCCUCAAACACCAUACGAGCUGGAACAUGUGAAACCCGAAUGGUGUCUUUUGCGUAUUCUCGCACGUGCUCUGAUCAUGUGGGAUGACAUUGCCCCGACGACUGCGUGGGUAGAAAGUCUCGUGCCGUCCUUUGUCCUUGCAGCCGUCAAGAGCAACCAAAGACCUUCCUCUAUCGAUUUGCCCAUCGAGCUGGCGUACCUCAACAUUGUCUCCGGAGCCGCAAUGGCCAUCGGGCUCAAGUUUGCUGGUACAGCCAAGGAACUGGCCCACAAUACAAUCCUGACCCAAUACAGUAUACUCGCCAAGGCUGUAUCGGGACAGAGUAUGACCUACGAAGGGCGUAUCCGGCGCACAUCAGCCAGACAAGGGCUGAAUGUCGUCACAAUAGCGCUGGCGGCUGUCAUGUCUGGCACGGGCGAGCUUGGUUUGUUGCGGCGAUUGCGAGUGAGUCAUGGCCAGGAAGGCGCCGGGGUGACAUAUGGCACACAUAUGGCCAUGCACAUGGCUUUGGGUCUGUUGUUUGUCGGGCGCGGAGAAUAUACGCUGGGGAAUUCAAACCUUGCGAUCGCCGCCAUGUGUAUUGCAUUCUUUCCCCGAUUCACGUCCAGCCCGGCCGAUAACAAGGCGUAUCCACAAGCGUUCAGGCAUCUUUGGGCGCUGGCGGUAGAAGCGCGCUGCCUCACGGCUCGGGAUGUCGAGACGCACGAGACGGUCUAUCUCCCCGUCAAAUUGCGCUUUAUGGAGGGAGGUACGAUCCGGCAACAAAGCCUCAUCUCGCCCACCCAACUACCCUCGUUUGACCGGUUGUUGACGAUCGAGGUCGACUCGCCUCGUUAUUGGCCGAUCAAGAUUGAUCUCUCCGACCCACGUGAUAUGGAAGCCCUCGUGCGCACGCGGAGCAUCUACGUGCAGCGUAAAGCCGGGUUUAUUGACUAUGAGUCGGACCCCAAGGGCAAUCGCAGUAUAUUCGUCCGGGUCGGGUCGAUGACUGGUAUUGAUUUGCACUAUGACCUGAUCAGCUCGGGUGCGCCUCCGAGUGUCGGGGUGGAGGAGGUGAAGGAGAUUGUGCGAGUGCAUUCCGGAGACGCUGGCUUGGUUGGGCUGGCAGAGCACUUUGAGGGCGUGGAUGAUGAAUGGGGAGGAGGCGUCGGCGCGUUUUUGAGGACGAUCAUCAUUGAAUGCCUGGCCCUCGACAAACCGCACCUCAUCCCCAUCUACAUUCAAAUGUACCUCUCCCUCCGGCGCGACGCUGCGCACAUCACGAACCCUGCUCUGUAUCAGAGCGGUGGUAUGCACACGGUGGACCAGUUGACGUUUGCCAAGCGGUUCUAUGAUGAAGAGUAUGAGGUCAACUUUGCUCAGAUGAAGGUGUCUGGCGAGAGACGGAUAGCGCUGGUACGACAGAGUUUUUUGAAUGCAGCGAGGCGGACGUUAUUGGAGUCGCCUGGAGAGGAGGAUGUUGCUGCGCGAUACUUGCUGCAAGGUGUUGAAGGCUGGCGGGAGGAUCCCCAAAGGCUCGGAAGAUGGCUGGCGAGGAAUGGUGUGCCGCCACUGCCUUUGCUUGAGGCGCUGAGACUGGGAGUGGCAAAGCUGGCAGUGGGCAAGCCAGAGCUGGAGAUGAAGAUGCGCGAUUCGGCAGAGAUAUACUGGGGCGAGGUGCUCAAAACAUAUUCUGAGCAGAGCGACGGGCAGGGGAGGCGGGGCGAAGGGUGGAAGUUGCACAGUGUACAGCAGACAAUUGAUCUUUGGAGGGGUGCUUGA